CGUCCACACACAUACCAUGGCUGACGAAUUUCCCGAUACCGUGAACGUAUCUGAAGGCAUUGUCUGCGCCUUCGUCGAUACUGGUGCCCCCGGCACCGAUCCCUUACAGCCGGCUCACAAGCGCGUCCUACGCGUUGCGCCGACGGCCAAAUUCGUCGUUCCCCCGCAUUGGCAUGCAAGGCAUACCGAAUACAUCAACGUGGUGGAAGGGAAAAUGAAGGUGACGGUGGAUGGUGUGACGACAGAAAGGACAUCGAGCGAUGGACCUGCAAAGAUCCCGCCGGGGUCGGUGCAUGCGCUGGAGAGCGUUCAGGGGGAGGUGUGCGUGGUGGAAGAGUGGGUUGAUCCUGGGCCGAAGGAGUACGAGCUGGUCUUCCGCAACCUGUUCUCAGAGCCGAAGUUGGAGGACCACAGCAUGCUGACGCUCAUGAACAUCUUCUGGUAUAGCGAGAGCUUCCCGGGUACGCCUGGCCACAUCCGGCCGCUGGAGAAGGGGUUGACCUUUAUCCUCGGACGAGUCCUAGCGCCAUUGCUAGGGUAUGAGAGGAAGUACAAGUCGCUCAAGAAGGAGGAGUGAGAUGAUAUGUUUUGGGGAAGAGGGACUACGGAGAACGGUGUACGUCGCGAUUACGGGCGCAGCCGCCGACUGGACCCGCUGGAGCAUCGAGAAUUGACGAAGUCGGUCUCCGCUGGUCUUCGUCGGCUAGCAGGGAGCGUUCGUUGCGUAAGAGUCCAGGGAUGGAGUGGGGUGCGCAACCUUCUUGCGGCCCUCGACUAGUGGAGGACGAGGACUUCGCGAUCGUAUUCAGUCUCGGUCAGCACGUAUAUCCUUCGGAUACUGCAUUGUCGACACGCAUGUAGCAGUAACCACCCACAUAUCUCAUUCGAGAUGGA